CAUAUCAAGGCUUUGUUAGAGAGAGACGCAGCUAGUGCUGUGAAACAGCUUUCCCCCCGACGUAUUUUUUUUUUUUUUUGGUCUUUUUUUUUUUCUUAGUAAGAUUUCAGUGUUUUACACGUAGAAAACAUGCUAUAUUGAUACCAAUUUAAAAGGCCAUCAGCAAGUUUAGUACUGCUCAUGACGCCAGGUUUCAAAUGCAUAUUAAAGUUAGUCAGCUAUAGUUAACUCGGUUUAGAUAUUCGUUUGGAAAUUGAUUGUUUCGUCGCUUUGUAGCCUUUAAAUGUCGAUUAGACAUGUUGAUAAUCGUUUUCGUGCGGGAGGUGAAAUAGAGAGGUGUUCAGUUUCACCGGCAAUGUGUGUGUCGAGCUGAACUCACCGACUCCCUUUUCUACACACAAAUCGGUCUAUAAUAUGAUAAUCAAUUUUAAACGAUACUCGUUAACUUGACGUCGUGUGACGAAAAUAUAGGCUAACAACCCGUAUGCACGUAUCCGGGUGCUCGGUAUUAUGGACAGCACUAGGCUUCCGCGAAGUCUUUUAAACCUUUAGGUUUAGGACAAGAUGAAGUAUAAAGUCUCUGUCUGGAAAACGAAUUAAGUGUUUUUUAUACGUAUAGUUUUAAUUGUGGAGGAGGGAGCAUUUCCCCCUUUUACUUUCGUUCCUUUAGCUCGAUGGCCAAGUGUGAAAACGCACCGCCUCAUAUAUUACGCUAGAAAAACACCUCAAUCUUUCCAAAGGGGUCUUGCAUACAAAGAUUAUUUGCCAAAUGAAGUUUAUUUGGUAAAUAAAUUAACACUCAGAGCACAGAUUAAGGUUUAGAUCAAGAAGUCCUCUCAAACAGCUGUGGUUUAGCUAGCCGGUGUGCUAGCCUUCACCUCAGCACCCAGAAAUGUCGAAUAUCUCCAACGAAGCUGUGGUCUUGAUAAAAGAUGUAAAGCCCGGAUCGAAAAACCUAAAUAUCGUCUUUAUAGUUUUGGAAAUCGGUCGGGUGACAAAGACAAAAGACGGGCACGAGGUGCGCUCCUGCAGAGUGGCGGACAAGAGCGGCAGCAUCGCCAUCUCUGUGUGGGAUGAGCUGGGCAGCCUCAUCCAGCCAGGGGACAUCAUCCGCCUCACGAGAGGUUAUGCCUCCAUCUGGAAGGGCUGCCUUACACUGUACACUGGACGAGGAGGAGACUUGCAGAAAAUAGGAGAGUUCUGUAUGGUGUAUUCAGAGGUUCCAAAUUUCAGUGAGCCAAAUCCAGAGCUGCUUGCACAAGCUAACCAACAGAACAAGACCGGUAAAGAACAGCAGGGUAAUUCUCCACCGAAUCAAAAUGCAGGUACACCUGCUCAAACAGGAAAUGGUAGUGUGCCAGUAUUUCCUAAUAACAAUGCUGCUCCUGUGCCUCGGGAUCCCAACCUUGGGGCUCCAGGAAGACCCAACGGCCGUGUUCCAGGCAACGGGCCACCCCCAGUAACUGCAGGGGGACCUCCUGCUCCACCAAAACCCACAGUCACCAUUAGCAAUGGCAGGGACCCAAGAAGAGCUUCAAAAAGAUGAGACAUUGACUGCAAAACCACUUCCCUGUUCCCACUCCUCCCUAAAAUCCUCCCACAAACCAUCCUAAAAAUACACACAACUGCCAAUCAAGAGAUACGAGGUUUAAUGCUACAAAUUUGCCAUCUGUGCUUUUGCUUUUUCAUCUGCCAAGAACUGCAUUGUAUAAUUAUGAUUUGCUAGUCACAAAAGGUUAGAAUUCAACUUUCAAUACAUAUUCCUUAAAGAUUGGCACCCUCUCUGCCCUUUAAGUGCCAGUUCAAUAGCCCACCACUUUCUUUUGAAAGUGUUAAACUAUACACCUUACUUGAACACUUGAUGCACUUCUCUUAAUUUAUAGUGAAUGCAUUACUGUAAUGUGAUUCAGGAAUGGUUACUACUGUUGCAAACGGGAAUGGAGCUUUAAAGUGAAUUACUAACCCCCUGGCCAAAAACUUACCAGAAGUGACCAUGUAAAAGGAAAGGUGAUAGUUUGAUUGGACACUUAGGAUUAUUUAAUUAGGAAUAAAUCAAAAAGGUAAAAAGUUGGGAAUAAAUCCCUAUGUUGGUUGUGUUAUAAGUGUGGACCUUACAUUUAAUCUGAAGAGGUUUGCCUUUUCAGCACUGUAUACAUUGAAUGAGACUGUUGCCUUUCUAUUGAGUAAUGUAACUACACUGAACUACUCUGCCUAUAGACCUUUUUCACACUCUGGGUUUUGGAGCUUGGAAGUAAAAGGAUUGCAGGGUAAACUUCAACAACGGUGAAUGGGAGACCACAGCCAGUAUUAUUUUAACUUACCCAUUUGCUCCAAGAGCAAAAGAAAAAAAUCCAAUAUUACAUUUGAAUGACUUUCCAGAGGGGGGG